GCUGGCCACACCCCCGCGGUGGGAGGUCCCCGCGCUGGUGGCUGCGGGAGGCCUACGGCUAGCCGGGUUCCCAUUGGGCCCUGACCGGGACUUGCCACGCCCCCACUGUGCUCGGAUUGGCUUGGGCUCGGGCCCGCCCGCCCACAGCCGCCAUGGCGUCUCAACUCCGGCUUUGCUCCGCGCUGGCCUUGGUCACAGGUGCGGGUAGCGGCAUCGGCCGGGCCAUCAGCGUGCGCCUGGCGGCAGAGGGCGCCGCCGUGGCCGCCUGCGACCUGGACGAGGCAGCGGCCCAGGACACCGUGCGGCUGCUGAGCGGCCCGGGGAGCGAGGACGGGGCGCCGCGCGGGAAGCACGCUGCCUUCCAGGCGGACGUGUCGCAGGCCCCCGCAGCCGGGCGCCUGCUGCAGCAAGUGCAGGCCUGCUUCGCUCGCCCGCCAUCUGUCGUCGUGUCCUGUGCGGGCAUCACACGCGAUGAGUUUCUGCUCCACAUGUCAGAAGACGACUGGGACAGAGUCAUAGCCGUCAACCUCAAGGGCACUUUCCUAGUCACUCAGGCUGCAGCCCAGGCUUUGGUGUCCAGCGGCUGUCGCGGCUCCAUCAUCAACAUCAGUAGCAUCAUUGGCAAGGUGGGGAAUAUUGGACAAACAAAUUAUGCGUCCUCCAAAGCAGGAGUGAUUGGGCUCACCCAGACCGCAGCCCGGGAGCUUGGACGACAUGGCAUCCGAUGUAACUCAGUCCUCCCGGGGUUCAUUGCAACGCCCAUGACCCGGAAAAUGCCAGAGAAGGUGAAGGACAAGGUGACUGCAAUGAUCCCGCUGGGGCACAUGGGGGACCCUGAGGAUGUGGCAGAUGUGGUUGCGUUCUUGGCGUCCGAAGACAGUGGCUACAUCACAGGGGCCUCCGUGGAAGUCACCGGAGGUCUUUUCAUGUAACAGCCUCGAGGAAGCUGGACUCGGCUGACCCCCCCACCGCUGCCCGGCCUCCUGCUGAUGGGGACGCUAAGUUCCCAGGCUACAAAAGGGAUGGCAGUGUGUGGCUCAGGCACGCUGAAUAUGGGAGGCCGGGGUGCUUGUGACCCUAAUAAAUUCCAAAUCCUCUUCCCUGCCA